CAAUGUAUAUGUCGUAUAGUCGUAUUCGUAUGUCAUAAAAACAAAGCAGCUACCAUGCAGCUAAAGGAGUUGUUAUUAUACCGUUUUAUUCAGUAAUAUUGAUUUUGGUCUUUCUUUCACUAGUAAUUCAAAGUAAUUGCGUUGUCUUUUGUGUUAGUUUAGUUAGUGCUUACACGGUCAGUGUUGCUUACAGUUACAGUGUAAAGGAACAGGUGAUACACCCCUUAUCCCUACACUAUGCAGAAACAUGAACCAGAAUUUGUUAGUAAAACUGUAAUAUGAAAUUACUAUAAUUAUUGGUAUUUAUGGUUGAUAUAUUGCUAAGUAGGUAAAGACUAUCAUGGAUCAAUCAUUUAUAACUAAAAUUCAAAACUUAUCAAUGAGUAGUCGAACUGAUUUGGCUCCCCAAAGCAAAUCCGAUUUACAAGCCGAUUUACAUCCAAUAAAACCGUUUCAUAGGAAACAAGCUUCAUUAGAUUCGACAGAAGCUUUUUCUACUGAAUCCUCUCCAAGUCAUGUCUUAAAUGACUAUACAUUUUGUGAAAAAGAUAUGGUUCAUUCUAUUUCAAAAGAAGAAACAAAUCCAUUGGAAGAAAAUGAUGUGUACGUUCAGUGUGCUAAACCUAAAAGUGCAAUUUAUAAAAAUUCUGAUUUUGAAAAUUCACAAUCGUUUAAUACACCACUUUAUGAAAAUAUAGACUAUUAUAUGAACAAGUCUCAAACAGCACCGUAUUAUCAUGAAAUAAGUGGUAACAAGGAAUUUCAAAAAGCUCAACCUCAAGUUCCUUCUGGAAAUAAAACAAAUAACAGUAAUUUAGGAAUAGAGAAUUUGUCUGUAUAUGAAAAUGUUCAUGAAUUGUCAAAGGUUUCUAUGAAUGAGACAGCACGUCAACCUCCACCUCCAUAUUCUUCUUACCCUAGACAUCAGCAAUUUUAUUCUUCUAAACUAUCAAAUCAUCUGUGCAAAGCAUCACCUCAGAUACCAACUUCAAAAUUGCCAAUAAAAAAUCUAACACAGCAGCAGUUGGAUGAAAUAAAUGCAUCUGAUUAUGUUUGUAUGACUGGAAAUAUUUCACAGCAAUUUCAUACAUCUACAGCAAAAAAUUAUGAAAGAGCACCUGCUACUGGCAUCGCUGCUGUUCCAUUAAGUCCUAAAAAAGAGGUAAAAAAAACUCUAGAAAAGAUUGAAUCCAGGUCUUCAGCACCUCCUAGCCCUACCCCAAGUUCGAUUAGCAACACAUCAAAUUCUAGUAAAUUAAAAAUAAGUGGAAAAAACUUGUUGCCGUAUAAUGUUACUCCACCUAGACCUCGUGGACCGACUGAAGCUGAAAAAAAAAUUGAAGAAAUGACCCGACAAAUUGAAGAAGAAAUGGAGAAACAUGAGGAAGAAGGGGAAUAUUUUGUAAAUUAA